AUGAAAUCUUUAUUUAGUUUAUCUUUAUUGAUAAGUGCUAUCAUUUAUAAAAGACAAUAUGAUCAUCAAAAUGUUGAAAAUAUUAAUAUUGACAAUAUAUACGGCCAAAAGUUUGAUUACAUAGUAGUGGGUGCCGGUGCUGCCGGUGCUAUAGUUGCCUAUCGUUUGGCCGAUGAAACCGGUGCUACAGUGUUGCUGUUGGAGGCGGGCGGACAACAAAAUUUCAAUAAUGAUAUUCCAGCUUUUCAAGAUAAAGUAGAAAAUAGUGUCCAAAACUGGAACUAUACGUCCACAGAGAACGACCAGAUUGCCGCCGGUCGGGUAUUUGGCGGCUCGUCGGCCAUCAACUCAAUGAACUACUAUCGCGAAUCACCCGACUAUUAUCGCCUAUGGGCUGACAUCACUGGUCUCAGCAAUGUUUGGAGUUAUGAUAAUGUUUUGCCUUAUUUUCUUAAAUCGGAAAACAAUUUAGAUCAGAAAUUGGUGACCAAUAGUCCUGGAUAUCAUCGUCGGGGCGGUAGAGUAACAGUGACCAGUAGUCAACCAAAUGCUAUGAUGAAACAGUUGCUGAUAAGCGCCCAAUUGUUUGGCCAUAAGUUAACAUUUAGUGACGGAAGGAAACCUAUGGGUACAGCAGUUUUGCAGAAUACUAUUGAUGCUAAUAGAAGUCGAGUAUCAACGGGAACAGCAUUUUUGGAAAAUAACUGUUUGAAAAAUCUUAAUAUUUUAGGAAACUCUUUGGUAACAAAAAUUAUAUUCAAUAAGCGAAAACAGGCCAUUGGUGUUGAGUUUUAUCGUUCAGAUAGAAAAUAUCGAGUGUUUGCCAACAAAGAGAUUAUUCUAAGCGCCGGCUCUAUAGGCAGUCCCAAACUGUUAAUGAUGUCGGGUGUGGGACCCAGGGAUCACUUAAAACAGUUUGGAAUAUCUGUGAUCACUGAUGUAAAAGUUGGCCACAAUUUUGUUCAUUCAUUGGGAAUUAUUAUGACUUUCGACAUUAUUAAUCAAUCUAUGGUUAUGGCGCCAACAAAUACUUUUAACAAUUUUGUUGAUUACUAUAUCCGACAUACCGGUCCACUUGGUUAUAAUCAGUCAACUAUUAUCUGUUUUCCUGAACUAGCCUACAGUCGCACAUAUCCCGAGCUCAGUAAUGGAUGUGUAAUGGCUCGUACCGGCCUAUUGGGCAAUCGUAUUGUAUUGUUCUUCAUAGUAAUACUGAAACACCCGAAAACUAGUGGCCGCAUUGAACUGACAUCGGGUAAUCCAUUUACCUCUCCAAUUGUUAAAAUAUGUAAACUGUGCCAUAAAAGUGAUAUUGAUAAAUUGAUCAAGGUAAUUAAAUUGGCUUUACCUAUAUUCACCAGUUCCCAUAUGAAAAAGUAUAUCAAAAUUAAUGCCAUUGCUGACUGUUAUCCUUGUAAUGGUAACUAUUUUUGCUAUCAAUAUAUCCGAUGUAUUUUACAAAAAAGAACUAUACUACCUGUGCCAAUGGGUGGCUGUCGUAUGGGUGUCUCACCAGACAACGGUGCUGUUGUCGAUAAAAAUUUCAAAGUAUUUGGUGUACAUGGGCUACGAGUGAUUGACUCAAGUAUAAUACCGGUACCCAGUGAACAGGGAAAUGCCAUAUCAAUGAUGAUUGGCGAGUAUGGAGCCGAUACUGUUAUCAAAAAUAAAUAA